AUGGGCGGGAAGAACAAGCAGAGGACCAAGGGGAACUUGAGGCCUUCAAACAGUGGCCGAGCUGCCGAACUCCUUGCCAAGGAACAGGGAACGGUGCCUGGAUUUAUUGGUUUUGGAACAUUUCACAGUGACCUAGGCUAUGUUCCUGCUAUUCAAGGAGCUGAAGAAAUAGACAGUCUUGUGGAUUCUGAUUUCCGAAUGGUGCUGCGGAAACUUUCUAAGAAAGAUGUCACAACAAAACUAAAAGCAAGUUUUGCUAUGCAGGAAUUUGGAACUAUGUGUACAGAGAGAGAUACAGAAGUUGUAAAAGGAGUUCUUCCAUACUGGCCGAGAAUUUUCUGCAAAAUUUCGCUUGAUCAUGACCGCCGGGUUCGAGAAGCCACACAGCAAGCUUUUGAAAAACUUAUCCUUAAAGUAAAGAAACACUUGGCUCCUUAUUUAAAAAGUUUAAUGGGUUAUUGGCUGAUGGCUCAGUGUGAUACUUACACACCAGCUGCCUCUGCAGCAAAAGAUGCCUUUGAAGCAGCUUUCCCUCCGAGCAAGCAACCUGAAGCCAUAGCAUUUUGUAAGGAUGAAAUCACAAGCGUGCUACAGGAUCAUCUUAUCAAAGAAACACCUGAUACCCUCAGUGACCCACAAACUGUUCCAGAGGAAGAGAGAGAUGCUAAAUUCUAUCGAGUCGUAACUUGUUCCUUAUUGGCAUUAAAGAAAUUGCUUUGCCUGUUAUCUGAUAAUGAGCUUGACUCUCUGGAGGAGAAAUUUAAAUCUCUUUUAUCACAGAAUAAGUUUUGGAAGUAUGGAAAACACAGUAUACCUCAGAUCCGCUCAGCCUAUUUUGAGUUAGUUUCUGCUUUGUGCCAGCGUAUUCCACACUUGAUGAAAGAUGAAGCAUCCAAAGUGAGCCCGUCCGUUCUUCUUAGCAUUGAUGACAGUGAUCCCAUUGUAUGCCCUGCUCUCUGGGAAGCUGUACUUUAUACACUUACAACUGUUGAGGACUGUUGGCUUCAUGUAAAUGCAAAAAAAAGUGUGUUUCCCAAGCUGUCAGCUGUGGUUCGUGAAGGAGGUCGGGGUCUGGCUACUGUGAUAUAUCCUUACCUUCUGCCCUUCAUCAGCAAACUCCCUCAGUCCAUUACAGAUCCAAAGUUGGAUUUCUUCAAGAAUUUCCUCACCUCGCUAGUUGCAGGGCUAUCAACAGAAAGAACCAAAACCAGCUUUUCAGAGUGCUCAGCAGUGAUAUCUGCUUUUUUUGAAUGCUUACGUUUUAUAAUGCAACAAAACUUAGGGGAGGAAGAGAUAGAAGAGAUGCUCAUCAAUGAUCAGUUGAUUCCUUUUAUUGAUGCAGUUCUCAAAGACCCAAAGUUGCAAGAUGGGCAGCUAUUUAACCAUUUGGCAGAAACUUUAAGUUCCUGGGAAGCCAGAGCCGAUUUGGAAAAAGAUUAUAAAACAGCCCGCAACUUGGAGAAAGUGCUGCUGAAUUUCUGGGAAAGACUAUCAGAGAUCUGUGUUGAGAAAAUCAAUGAGCCAGAAGCCGAUGUUAAGUCAGUUUUGGGUGUUUCUCAUCUAUUGCAGGUGCUUCAAAAGCCCAAGAGCUCCUUGAAGUUAAAUAAAAAAAAAGUUGGUAAGGUUAGGUUUGCUGAUGAGAUGCCGGAAAAGAAUAAGGAGAAUGAAAAAUGUGUCUCCUCAGAGGGAGAGAACAGUGAAGGCUCUGAGUUAAUGGCUGAACCUGCUGUCUCUCCGAGUUGCUCCGACCUUAUAUCCCCGCUGAGGAAAAAACCUUUGGAAGACUUAGUCUGUAAACUGGCAGAGAUGAGCAUUAAUUACAUCAAUGAACAAAAGUCGGAGCAGCAUCUCAGGUUUCUUUCCACCCUGCUCAGCUCGUUCUCCUCAAGCCAAGUGUUUAAAGUGCUGAUCAGUGAUGAAAAACAGGGCACUGUCAAAGACAAGCCUCUUGAAAUAGCCAAGCUUGUACAAAAAAAUCCCGCGGUACAGUUUCUGUACCAGAAAAUAACCGGUUGGUUAACUAAAGAUCAAAGGAAGGAUGCCGGUUUCCUGGUGGACAUUCUGUACAGUGCCCUCUGUUGCUGUGAUAGUAAUGUGGAAAGAAAAGCGAUUCUGGAUGAUCUUACUGAGGUGGAGCUGAAAUGGAACUCUGUUCUUCAGAUCAUUGAAAAGGCAUGCUCUAGUUCAGAUAAUCAUGCUUUAGUAACGCUGUGGCUCAAAGGAGAUAUCCUUGGAGAGAAAUUGGUAACCUUGGCAGAGCACCUUUGUAACAAAGACUUGGAAUCCACAGUAUCUUCUGAACCUUACUUCUCAGAAAGAUGGACUCUUUUAAGCUUGGUGUUAUCCCAACAUGUUAAAAAUGAUUACUUGAUUGGAGAAGUUUAUGUUGAAAGAAUUAUUGUUAAACUUCAUGAAACUUUAUCCAAAGCAAAGAAAUUGUCAGAAGCUGAAAAUAAUGACUCAUCAAUGUCUUUUAUCUGUGAUGUGGCCUAUAACUACUUCAGCUCAGCGAAAGGAUGCUUGCUAAUGCCAUCAUCUGAAGAUUUAUUAUUAACUCUCUUUCAGUUAUGUGCUGAGAGCAAAGAAAAAACACAUUUGCCAGACUUUAUCAUCAGUAAGCUGAAAAAUACUUGGCUCUCUGGUGUGAAUUUAUUGGUUCAUCGAACUGGUGACACAUAUAAACAGAGCACCUUCCUACGUUUAUCUGCUCUGUGGCUGAAGAACCGAGUUCAGUCUUCGACUUUGGAUGUCACAAGUCUUCAGGUGCUUUUGUCUGCUGUUGAUGAUUUGCUAAAUGCUCUUCUAGAGAGUAAAGAUGCUAAUCUCCUGGGAGUUUAUAUUGGAAGUGUAAUGCCAGACAACAGCGAAUGGGAAAAAAUGAGACAGUCUCUUCCCGUACAGUGGUUGCAUAGGCCUCUUUUAGAAGGAAGAUUAAGUUUGAAUUAUGAGGGUUUCAAAACAGAUUUUAAAGAGCAAGAUACAAAGAAACUUCCCAGCCAUUUGUGUACUUCAGCAUUAUUGAGCAAAAUGGUAUUAGUUGCACUGAAAAAGGAAACAGUCCUAGAAAAUAAUGAACUUGAGAAAAUAAUUGCAGAACUGCUCUAUUCAUUGCAGUGGUAUGAAGAAUUAGACAAUCCACCUGUUUUUCUAACUGGAUUUUGUGAAAUGCUUCAGAAAAUGAAUAUCACAUAUGAUAACUUAUGUGGACUUGGUAAUACUUCUGGCCUUCUGCAGCUGUUAUUUGACAGAUCCAGGAAAAACGGCACCCUUUGGUCUCUUAUUAUUGCUAAGUUGAUCCUUUCCCGAAGUAUUUCAUCUGAUGAAGUAAAACAACAUUAUAGGAGAAAAGAAGGCUUUUUUCCGCUAACAGAAGGUAAUAUGCAUACUAUUCAAAGUCUCUGUCCAUUUUUGUCAAAAGAAGACAAGAAAGAAUUCAUUGCUCAGUGUAUACCUGCCCUUUUGUCCUGGGCCAAGGAAGAUGUUUGCCGUAUCAAUGGAGGUUUUGGACAUCUUGCCAUUUUCAAUUCUUGUCUACAGACCAAAAGUAUAGAUGAUGGAGAGCUAUUACAUGGUCUAUUAAAAAUUCUGAUAACUUGGAAAAAAGAUCACGAAGAUAUUUUUCUUUUCAGUUGUAACCUGUCAGAAGUGAGUCCAGAGAUACUGGCUGUAAACAUAGAGAUAAUCCGUUUCCUUUCCCUGUUUCUGAAAUACUGCUCAUCUCCUCUGGCAGAGCACGAAUGGGACUUCAUCAUGUGCUCCAUGUUGGCUUGGCUGGAGACAACAAAUGAGAAUCAGGCGCUGUAUUCCGUUCCACUGGUACAACUGUUUGCCUGUGUCAGCUGUGAUCUGGCCUGUGAACUCAGUGCUUUUUUUGAUUCCACAACUCUGGGCACCAAUGGCAGCCUUCCUGUCAAUCUGAUCAGUGAAUGGAAAGAGUUUUUUUCUCCUGGCAUCCACAGUCUGCUUUUACCUCUUUUGGUGACCGCUACAGGAGAAAACAGAGAUACAUCUGAAACAUCAUUUCAGAAUGCAAUGCUGAAGCCCAUGUGUGAAACAUUAACUUAUAUCCCAAAGGAUCAGCUCUUGAGUCAGAAACUCCCUGCAAGAUUGAUUGCUGGUCAGAAAACAAACUUGCCAGAAUACCUCCAGACUUUGUUAAAUACAUUAGCCCCAUUACUCCUUUACAGAGCUCGGCCUGUGCAAAUUGCUGUCUAUCAUAUGCUAUACAAAUUGAUGCCUGAAUUCCCACAAUAUGAUCAAGAUAAUCUAAAGUCAUAUGGAGAUGAAGAAGAAGAACCAGCCUUGUCGCCACCGGCUGCACUGAUGUCUCUUCUUAGCACUCAAGAGGACUUACUAGAAAAUGUUUUGGGCUGUGUUCCUGUUGGACAGAUAGUUACUGUCAAGCCACUGAGUGAAGACUUCUGUUAUGUUCUGGGGUACCUCCUCACUUGGAAAUUAAUACUUACUUUCUUCAAAGCUGCUUCAUCUCAGCUUCGAGCUCUGUAUUCAAUGUACCUUCGAAAAACAAAAAGUUUGAAUAAAUUGCUUUAUCACCUGUUCAGGCUUAUGCCAGAAAAUCCAGCCUUUGCAGAGACAGCUGUUGAGCUCUCCAAUAAGGACCCUCGAACUUUCUUUACGGAAGAGCUCCAGUUGUGUAUUAGAGACACCUCAGCUCUCCCCUACCAUAUUCCACACUUGGCUUGUUCAGUCUAUCACAUGACAUUAAAAGACUUGCCAGCCAUGGUUAGGCUGUGGUGGAACAGUAGUGAGAAGCGUGUUUUCAACAUCGUAGAUAGAUUUACCAGCAAGUACGUUAGCAGUGUUCUUUCUUUUCAAGAAAUAUCUUCUGUGCAAACAAGUACACAGCUAUUUAACGGCAUGACGGUGAAAGCUCGAGCUACUACUCGAGAAGUCAUGGCCACUUACAGUAUUGAGGAUAUAGUGAUUGAGCUUAUAAUACAGCUGCCUUCAAAUUAUCCAUUGGGCUCAAUAACAGUGGAAAGUGGGAAAAGAGUUGGAGUGGCCGUGCAGCAGUGGCGAAACUGGAUGCUUCAGCUAAGCACUUACCUGACCCAUCAAAAUGGGAGUAUUAUGGAAGGCUUAGCAUUAUGGAAAAAUAAUGUAGACAAACGUUUUGAGGGUGUUGAAGAUUGCAUGAUUUGUUUCUCAGUCAUUCACGGUUUCAACUAUUCUCUUCCCAAAAAAGCCUGUAGAACAUGCAAAAAAAAGUUCCAUUCAGCCUGUUUGUACAAAUGGUUUACAUCUAGCAACAAAUCCACUUGUCCACUCUGUCGCGAGACCUUUUUCUGA